GACGUUUUUGCCCGCCUUGUGUGACUUCGCCUUUAAUAAACAUAAAUGCAUGACUGAGUGCAUUUCAUUAUUCUGCAUGGCAAGUGCUAAAGUUUUGGCACCGGUUUGUAUUUUGCUUCGAAUAAUAAUCUGCUGUAUUGAUCGCUAUGGGAGUUGGAUUUGGCGCUGUGGUUCUCGGCGCUGGAUUAAGCGCGAUUCUCAGUUUCAGCUUUCUGGCGCUUGCCAUCGGAACCGAGUACUGGUACAUUAUAGAGGAUAAACGGACGAAUCACACAGACCCACAGCAUGUGCAUUCUGGAUUUUGGGGAGUGGAAAAUGAUGAGCUGCCCUUUACAGGAGACCCGUCAAGGUUUACAGAAUCAGAAAGGCAAAUGCAGGAUUUGCAUUAUGUGAUUGCUGUCCUGCUGCCUCUCAGUCUGGUGCUCUUAGUAUCUGGAGGAAUAUGUGGAAUGGCCAGCUCUCUGGCCCAGAGUAGACUUCUCCUCAUGGGAACUGCAUCCUAUUUUCUUCUUUGCAGCCUUCUCACUCUCUCUGGUGUAAGUCUGUACAUCAAUUAUUCCCAAAAAGCUCUGGAGGAGGCAGAGGUGAGGAUUGGGCUGGAGCAGAUGGCCAUGGUUCACACAUCCUUUGGCUGGUCAAUGGGCUUGGCCUGGCUCUCCUUCAUCCUGGAAGUGAUAACUGGUCUUCUCCUGCUGCUUGCUGCCUGGAUGGUGCAAUUAACCCAGCAGGAGACUGUGGCCCCUAUAUAAAUUUCAUAUCUCCAGUGUAAACCGUAGGCAUUUUAAGGUAAUUACUGUAUGCAGGGGUUUGACAGGCAAUAGUGCUGUCAUUCCAAUAGUGUUAAUAUCCCAUUACUUGUGUUCAUUUUAAAGUACUUUUUGUGUCUUUAAGAUAGAUCCAUAAUGUCUUUUUUCAAUUAUAUCUAUACUUUAUUUGAAUUAUAUAAUUUACUUGAAUAGAAACUGUGGAAAAUGUAUUUCUAAAUAAUUUAUAAUUAGUGACCAAGAGCAUAUACUGUACAUGUAUUAAACAAGAGCAAGAUUAUUAAGAUCCAUUUUAACAUCUUACUUUUUUAAUGAGCUACUUCCUUUAUUUUUCUCCACUUUAAUUUAUCAUCAUCCUAAUUUAUCAUCAUCCUAAUUACCAUCAUCUUGUCAACAAUGGUUUGUGUCAACAUGCUGGGCCUGUUGUGUUCCAAGUAUAUCCCUUUAAGAUCAUUUUUCUAAAAGUGUAUGCUCAGUAACUACCAGUCAACAGUGGGUUAUAAUUUUGAGAUGUGCUUUACCUAAUGUGCUUUACAUUAUUUUACUUAAGAUCAUCAUUAUUUAACUGCCCUUUAAUAUAAUUAUUGUUGUACAUGCAGUGGUUGAGACAUUUUACAAUGGCUUACCCUUACUUUUAGGUCUUACUUUUAGUAACCCACACAUACUGUUUCUCUAAAUAACUUGAUAAAUAAAAACUUUAUAAAAUAA